GUCGUUUAUUUUUAUGUCGUUGGCAUAAAAUUUCGUCUCUCACUCGGCGAAAUGAGUUGAAGUUGGAGGGUAAAACGAAUGCGAGGAACUCUCAGUCGCUCGCGGUGAGACGAAAGGCGUUUACAAAUUUGCAUCAGAUUCAGAUCCUCAUAAUGUGAAGCAUAACCGUGGAUUGAUUGCUAUUGGGAGUGUCUCUGACUGGUGAAUUGACUGAUAAUUGAUAUGUGAUAUUUCAACUCCCGGAUGGCGAAGUUGGCGAAACUCCAGUAUGAUGAAUUUGCUCCCACCUGAAAUAACGGAAAUUAUUUUCGGAUUUUUGGAUGCAUCUACCCUGGACCUUGUGGUAUCUAAUGUGUGUCUUCUAUGGCACGACAUUGCUGCAAAAGCUUUGGAAAAACGAACUACGAAGAUGCUGGAUUAUUUUGUUACCAAUUCCCAGCACAUGAAUGAGAUUCGCAAUCAGCUUUCACCUGAGGCGCAGGAUGACAAUCAAAAGUUGUUGGAGAUUUAUGAGAAAGCUUUUUUGCACAAAGGUUUCGAAAUUGGAAAGAAGCAUUUAGGAGAUGAGGUGCUAAAUUUUCUAGUGCAAGUACGCAACGAGAGAGGAUGUGAUUGUCAUCACCCACAAAACCUAUGCUUUAUUAGAAGCCUACACAUAAUGGCAUGUCACCAGUUGGUUUUAGUACAAAUGCCUGAAAAAAUCGAAUUUUACCACAUGCAUUGCCUUCAAAGUGGAGAAAACGACGAUUAUCGAACCAAAUAUGCGACGUCAGUAUUGGGGUCGACAACUUUGAGCAAUGUUUGGAUAGAUAAUAAUACUCAUACUGCUGUCAGUGUUUUCAACGAUAAAAUUGUUUGUCAGGAGACAACGAGAGCUUUAAUUCUAUUUCGAGUCAAAGUAGUUAACCAUUCCAACAAGACUGUGGUGCUGGAAAACAUUCGAAGAAUAUUUCUUCCUUUGUGGAGUUGUGAUUUGGUCAUGUUGGAUAAUAUGGUGUGUACCUUGUUCACAACCGGGAAUCUAGGAAUAUGGCGGAUGAAAGAAAACGAUAUUCAAGUAUCUGAAAAUACUUGUGUGAACGCUGUAACAAUGCGCAAUAUGCGACUUACGAAGAUGUACUUGUGCCAAAGUCUUGUGAUAAUUAAAAUACUUACAGAUACUUCAGCACAUUGGUCGAUAUUUGAUUCGAACGAUACUCAACUAUUCCAAGUACAAACUGUAGAUCUCAAUACCUUCAUCAGAACAAGUUUUUUGAAUUCUUCUGAUAUCUGUUCAGAAGUUAUUGACAUAUUUGUGACGCUGAAUACAUUUAUUGUACAUUGUCAAGUGACAACUUCUCUAAAGUCUGAUUUAAAUCGUCCUAGCAGACGACUAAAAACGCCUGCCCCAACAUAUCGUGAAGUGGCAUGUCGACGGAUGGCAACUAAUCCUACUCUCCAACAUUUCCAGAGCUCAGAGAUGUUUAAUCUCUGUUUUGAUAAUGAAUAUGCGAAAAAAAUGCUGACUGACCCUAGUGAAUAUCUUGUUUCACCGUUUCUCUCUUUGUUCGGUAAUAGUAAGUCGAGUUUAGAUUUAAACAACAUUGUUUCUUUUGUAGGAGUCAACGACUGUCCAGUAUAUAGAAGUAGUCCUUCUUGUUCACAUUAUGGAAAGAUUGUUGAAUUUCAUGCAAUGUUGUAUUCGUUGAGUGACAGGAAAUAACUUGUAUAAUUUAUGCAUAUCGAAACAAGACUACCCUUUAAUUAUCAGAAAAAAUCAAAGUUUCUAAAUUCGGACCCGUUAUUUAUGUUACAUUUCGUUGAAAUUGUUAUAUUAUUCAUUUUACAGUUAUCAGCAAUUUGUUAACUUUCAAUUGUAAACUCAAAAUAUAACCAUUGGCGUUUUAAAUAA